ACUGAAUUCUCAGUGGCUUGGUCAAACAAAUUUCGUCUACUACAAGCUAGGAACUAAAACAGCGUCCACCAUGAGACUUUUGCUUGUCAUAGCCUUAGUGCUGGGAGUUAUGAAGUGUCAGGAAGUGCUUGGCUGUGGCCCUCUCCCGGGGCCAGGUAAUGGCGAUGGCAGCGGUGGUGACGGCGGUGCCGGUGGCCCUGGUGGUGGUGGAGGAGGCGGAGGUGGCGGCGGUGGUGGCGUUCCCGGAGAACCUGGUGCUCCUGGUUGUGGUGGCGGCGGUGGCGGUGGCGGCGGUGGGGGCGGCGAUGGCGGCGCUGGUGCUCCAGGUACUCCUGGCUGUCGUACUGCGCCUGUUGAUAACUCUCCCCCUGAAUCUGAAGGUGGUGACGAUGACGAUCGAUGAUGGUGGCAGUGAUGGCGGUGGAGAGAGGCUUAGGCUUUACCGAUUAUGCUCUGAUGGGAAAUGAUGACUGAACAGGAAAGAAAUACCCACUAUCAAGACUUUAAUCCUUUUAACAAAUAAUCAAUUCGGUUACACAAAUUACCUUUAUUCAGUUCAAUUUAUAUAAUAGUUGUAGUGGAAUGUAAUGUAAAACAUACCCUGGCCCGGUUGUAUGAAACCCAAUAAACACCGAUGUUGGCUGAAAAGUGACUGGAAGUCUUACUAUUUUCUCGUGCUCCGGGACAAUUCAUAGCAAGGAAACUUUUCGUAACAAAGUUCCUAUUAUUUGUGCAUUUGCCUCCUUUGAAUAAAAAACUGUGUGCAUGCUGAUGUGUUUUCGAUGUUUUAUCCGAAAAACAAGCAGAAAAGAAUAACGCCAUUAAUUCGAGGUUGAUGGUCAAUUUAAAAUGUCAAUGCAAAAAUAGAAUCCUUCUGUAUAAAGAAGAACAACUAUUAUCAUAAUUGUUAUGGUAUUACUCAACCGACAGAAAAAGUUAACUGCGAAACUCUUCUACAGACCCAUCUUAUUUAUUUAGCGAUGCGCAAUUAAUAAAAUCGUAGUUACAAGGAGUGACUCCUAAACAAUACAAUCUAUCAUCAAACUAACUUAACCCUGCUACAAAACCUCAGUCAGCACUCACACAAACCCACAGUAAACGUCGCUGUCUCCGAAGAAAUCUCCUCUCGAUUCAUUUGACUUUAAACGAAGUUUAUCAAUAGCUCUCUACGAUUCUCUUGGUAUAGCUUCUCCAGUCGACCUCUGCCGACAACAACAUCCCACUCU